GUAAACAACAAGGAAACGAAACCUGUACGUGAGAAACACAAAUAGACAUGGCUCACACUCGCACUUUGUUCGUCUCUUGGAUUUUGAUCCACUGUUUUGAUGAAGCCUGGUCCUGGCAUGCAGUGUUGGUAAAGAGUUCAGUGUUUGCACACGCCGGUUCAGAAGCCGAGCUCUCCUGCACCUACAGCACACAGGUUUCAGAGGGCUUCACUCUGGAGUGGCGUUAUGCUGCUGACGGUACUCCUGCUGUUCAAGCCCAGAGGGUGUUGUACUACAAUGGGAAACUAUAUUGGGUGGGCUCUUGGGAGAACAAAAUAGCUUUACUGCAGAAUCCUCCAGUGUCUGGCGUUGCCUCAUUGAAGAUCCACAACGUCCAACCCAGUGACAGUGGUCUUUAUAUAUGUGAUGUUACCAAUCCAAACGACUGGUCUGGAAGUGGGCAGGGUCUUAUCAACCUGACUGUGCUGGUGGCACCAUCUGUUCCUGUAUGUGAGCUAAAUGGCCACACCUAUUUGGGGGAUGAUGCCACUCUUACAUGCCACAGCUCCCAGGGUGUUCCUACACCUAUUUAUUCCUGGACGAGAGAGAAAGAAACAGAGCCUCUGCCCCCUAACAGCAUUGUAGCAGACCAGCGUACUGGAUCGCUUCUCUUGUCCAACCUUUCUACUGCCUUUUCUGGAACCUACAUGUGCAGAGCUUCUAAUGAUCUGGGUGAGGCAGCAUGCAGCAUCGCUGUGAAAGUGGCACAUGGCAGUAGUGCAGCAGUGGUAGGCGGAGUGCUGAUGGGACUUUUUCUCUUAGUCCUACUCAUUGCAGCUGUGGUUGUUUAUUUCUUCUUCUGCUACAAGAAGAGAGCUCACAGCUGCACAGAAAACAAAUCAAGGAAAAAUGCUGAUUCAUCAGUGACACGCCAGUCAAAAGGUCAUCUGCUUUCUGCUCAUUUUGAUGGUGAUGAGCUCAAAGUCUCUCACCUCAGCCCACUGGUGUAAAAGUGGAUUUUUCCUUCAGGAAUGUACAUGAACAACCAUGUGACAGUUUUGUAUUUUCUUGUGUGCUGUGUGUUAUUUUUGGUGAAGUUUAUAAUAAAUAUCGAUAUAUUGUUUUGUGCUGACUAUGUAGGUGUCUUCUAAAAUCAUGACUUGAUGUACAUCUGUAAAAAAGUAAAUAAACUAAACAAAAGCCA